GGACUUCAGAUAGCAUGGCAAGAUAAAGUUUUUUCUACAUUGGCAACUUGGAAAGUUCGGUGCCUUCAACACCAGACCCCAAGUCACAGCCAUCCUCAUUUCCAGUCACUACAUCGUCUUUACAUUGUUUUCGCUGAAUUUGGGGAUCUUAUUUAAACACUUGAGCGUUUAUUGUGUUUUCCUUCCUCCAUCCCUUGCUACUUAAUUUAUAUUGGAAUUCUUUUUAACCAUCAUCUCAACCAUGUCUACCUUACUAACAACUGAUAAGGCCUUCGAGAAUGCCUCGACCAACGUUGCCGCUGCGCAAAUGCGCAAUUCUCUAACUGAGCUUGCCGAGACCGUCAAUGACCCGGAGCAGAAGAAGCUGUUCGAGACUGAAAUGGACAACUUCUUCGCUCUCUUCCGUCGAUACCUAAACGACAAGGCCAAGGGUAACUCUGUUGACUGGGAUCGCAUUAAGCCCCCUGCGCAGGGACAGGUUGUUGACUAUGAAGACCUAUCCAACUCGGAGUCGGUCAAAUUCCUCAACAAGCUCGCUGUUCUGAAGCUGAAUGGUGGCUUGGGUACCUCUAUGGGUUGUGUUGGCCCCAAAUCAGUCAUCGAAGUCCGCGACGGCAUGUCUUUCCUCGACAUGUCCGUACGACAAGUCGAGUUCUUGAACCGAACGUACAGCACUAACGUCCCCUUCAUCCUGAUGAACUCGUUCAACACCCACGACGAUACCGCUGCCAUCAUCAAGAAGUACGAAGGUCACAAUGUCGACAUCCUUACCUUCAACCAGUCGCGAUACCCAAGAAUCUACAAGGACUCGCUCCUACCUGUUCCCAAGAACUUCGACUCGUCCAUCAACGAGUGGUACCCUCCCGGACACGGUGACGUAUUCGAGUCUCUCUACAACUCCGGCCUCCUUGAUAAGCUCAUCGAGCGCGGUAUCGAGAUUAUCUUCCUAUCAAACGUCGACAACCUAGGUGCUGUCGUGGAUCUACGUAUCCUACAGCACAUGGUCGAGACGGACGCCGAAUACAUUAUGGAGUUGACCAACAAGACCAAAGCCGAUGUCAAGGGCGGUACUAUCAUCGACUACGACGGAUCUGUGCGCCUACUAGAAAUUGCCCAGGUCCCGAAGGAGCACACCAACGAAUUCAAGUCGAUUAAGAAGUUCAAGUACUUCAACACCAACAACAUCUGGAUGAACACCAAGGCCAUCAAGCGCGUUGUAGAGAAUAACGAGCUCGAGAUGGAGAUCAUUCCCAACGGCAAGACUAUCCCUGGUGAUAAGAAGGGCGAAUCUGACAUCUCCAUCCUUCAGCUGGAGACCGCUGUUGGAGCUGCCAUCCGCCAUUUCAACAAUGCCCACGGUGUCAACGUACCCCGUCGCCGAUUCUUGCCUGUCAAGACCUGCUCAGAUCUUAUGCUCGUCAAGUCAGAUCUGUACACUGUCAAGCACGGCCAACUGCAAAUGAGCCCCAGCCGCUUCGGUGGCGCGCCGCUCAUCAAGCUUGGUAGCGACUUCAAGAAGGUCUCAGACUUCCAGAAGCGCAUCCCGUCAAUUCCCAAGAUCAUCGAACUCGACCAUCUUACAAUUACUGGUAACGUCAACUUACACCGUGGCGUGGAACUGAAGGGAACCGUUAUCAUCGUCGCAACGGAAGGCUCUACGAUCGACAUCCCUCCGGGAUCGAUCUUGGAGAACGUUGUCGUCGAGGGUAGCUUGCGUCUAUUGGAGCACUAAUCUGCGGAAGGGUCCCUUUUAUUCACGUACUCUGGGAACUCUUCUGCUUUCUGUGUUGAUAAGCGUUUCGUCACCCUUCUGUACGUACGUUUCUACGUAUUAUGCGCGCGUUUCGCCUAGAGAUGCGGUUGUGGUAAUUUAGUUCCCGCUUACCGGUCGUGUCGGGAAUUAUAGGAAGUCGUAUGACAUAUAGAGAUGACAGUGUUGCAACGGCAGUAUGGCAGCAGGGACAUGGAAAAUGAAUGAUUCAUGGUUGGACUCAUGGGCGUGUUAUGUAGACGCCGGGAACAUAAUGAAAUAAAGGAUAUGCACACAUGCAGUACAGUGCCUAAUAUUUGCAGGCCAUCGUGCCGUUGUGUAUUUGAUGUUUGGUGGUACGCCGUAACUAUUGUAUGCUUUCGUAAUAUUCAAGUAGACGAGAUAAUUACUAGGGUUGAGCUAUGGCUUUCAUAA